AUGUGCGACUUUUCGGUUUAUGGAACACCAAGUCCAGAAUGGAUAGCCGGGGCUUCAAACUUGCCAUCAUUCCUACCCCAGGUCGAAUCCAUUGUCGAAUGGCGGAAAAUCUUCAAUGCGCAACGUGAGGCAACCGUUGCCGAGGAAUUCAAGAGCGUCAAGACGCAGGUUCGCAUCCAGGACUAUUCGAUACCCACACGUGACGGUUCAAGCAUCGGAGCGAGGUGCUACUGGCCUAUAAAUGCAGAACCAGGCAAGAGCUUGCCCGUGUAUAUGCAUUUGCUUGGCGGUGGUUUCAUCUUUGGGAGCUUGGCGACCGAGGACGCGAUAUGUGCCCGUAUUGCCAUCAACACGCAGAUCAUCGUGCUGAGCAUCGAAGCCCGGCACACUCCCGAGCAUAGUUAUCCGACGGCAUGGAACGACACGAACGACGCGUUCGACUGGCUUCACGAUCAUAUCGAGGAGCUUGGUGGCAAUGCGCAUCAGGUCAUUAUAGGCGGUCAGUCAAGCGGCGGUCAGCUAGCAGCAUCACUGGUUCUCAAGAGGAAUCUCGACUCGAGCUCGGAACGCCCUGCUAUUGCGGGUCAACUAUUGAUGGUCCCGUGCUUGGUCAGUAUGUCUUGCUACGAGCCGCAGCUUGCAAAGCUCAAGAGCAAAGAUAUCAGCUCCUACGAACAAAACAGAUUUGCGCCUCUUGCACCGCUUACUGUUUGUCGCUUUUUCGAGGAACUGCUGGAAAUCGAUGACCCACAAGUUGACGAUAUUGAACUGAAUCCAGGAAAUGCAACACCUGACCAAGUUCAAGGACUGCCCCCGACGAUGUUUCUCAUUACAGGGUGGGAUCCGAUGAGAGACGAGGGAUUAUUGUAUGCAAAGAUGCUCGUAGAAGCAGGGGUUCCAGUGGAUAUCCACAUGUUUCCGGGCCUUCCACAUAACUUCAGAAGAGUUCUGAAUAAUGUCCCGGAGUCUGCCCGAUGGGACCGCACUAUUGAGCGAGGUAUACAGUGGCUGCUUUCCAACCCGAUGGCUACUGGCAUGUUUGAGAUUAAGGAAAAAUAG